ACAUACGAUGCAUUUCAAGAAGUGCAGUUUGGUACAGAGACAAUAGAUUUCAACCAGGUUCCCAGGACGUGGGGCGCGAUGAGUAAAGAUGCUGAGGUUGUUGCAGUUUCUCUCCACCAACAUGACACUGAAUACAAGGAGGUUGCUCAGUUACUGAAAGAAACAGCUUCAAUCGACUUCCGCAUCAAAAAGAUUGAACGAAUACAGAACAGAGCACUGUAUCUGCAGUACAAUGUAAAACGAUGGCAGUUGUCUCAUAGACACACGGAACACGAAAGUAUCGAGAGACGACUGUGGCACGGUACGACAGAAGAUGCAGUCAGAAGUAUCAACUAUCAUGGCUUCAACAGAAGCUACUGUGGAAAAAAUGAAUCACGAUUCGGACAAGGGGUAUACUUUGCAGUACCAUCAAGAUUUGCGUUAGAUCCCAGAUAUUCUAAAAGAGGACAGUCUGGGCUAAAAUACGUGUAUCUUGCACAAGUACUCGUAGGCAGGUACACGGGAGGAAAUAAGGAAACCCGCGUACCUCCUCCCAUCGAUAGAGACAAUCCACAGCAAGUCUACGACUCGACAGUAAAUGAUGUUGAAAGUCCUUCCAUAUUUGUCAUAUACAACGACACACAAGCCUACCCACAAUAUUUGAUAACUUUGAAAUAGAAAAUGUAGAGCUGGAGUCAUCUAUGAAGAUCAGUCAAAAGUUUGAAAAUCUCAGACACCACGAACAUACCAAAUACACCCAGAAAACAUUUCUAAGAGAUAUUAGGUUGCGACAUAUGGAAACUAUAUUUAGAGAAAGCAGUGAAUAGAUGAGACAUUGACGUCCAAUCUGUCCAUGAUAUGAUGAACAGACUUAAUAAGAUAGGCAAUGACCAGUAUGAUAAUUUAUGAAGGAAUGGUUUGCUUCUCAAUCAUUUCAAGAUUAAUAAUAUUUUCUUCAAAUGACAUCUAGCUUAUAAUAAAUACAGAGAACAACGUCAUCUUUCUCGAAAGAAAA